CAACGACCAUCUGGUAUAAGGACAUUAUUAAUAACGCAACUGAAGUACUAUUCGUCCCAAGACUUUCGCGAUAUAACAGCAUGUGCGUACACGAGUUCAGUUCUGUAAAAAGUCAUGGCUUCCGCACCAGUGGGUCUAGCCGAGCGCUCCCUUUCCUCCUGGGACCCAGCUUUUCAUUGGGAGCCGAGGGCCCUAGCCCUGGCAACGGCGUACACGUCAUCAGGCAACUUCCACUCCGUAUUGUUAAAAAAACAAAGUGGGUUGGGUGUUGGUAACAAAGUAUGCUGUACGUGGUCCUGGAGCGGUUCCUGGUCUUGGGCUCUGCCAGCGGAUAAUCAUUAUCGCUAUGCCCCAAUGAUCUCUUUGUCUUCCUGUGAAGGUUAUUAGCCCCUCUUGUGCAACGGAUCUACGAAAUAGGCUAUAUUCUUCUGCUCCGCGGAUCAUCAUCUCGAAAUGUCCUGCAAAGCCGAUGCAAAGUAUAACUUCGCCAAAGCAUCCGAGCACGAUGAACUUGUGUUUGGCUCUGCACGUCCUGGCGCCCCCCAACAACGAUGCUAUAACCCGGAGGACAAGGUCACACCUGCAGAGGUCGACGACUGGGCAGCCUUCAUGACCAGUCACGGAGUACAGCGUGUGGUGUCACUCCUAAGCGACAAGGAGCUGGACACGUAUGAGCAGCCGCUCAGCACCUCGCUGUCCCGGUCCUUCAAGCGGGCCAUCAACGUCGACACCAAGGCCCCAGGCGGUGCGGAUACGUUGCUGAAGGAGCUGCAAGACGCCAUGCAAGCGCAGGAAAAGGUGGUGGUGCACUGCUGGGGCGGCGGCGGCCGUUCGGGCCUGGCGCUGGCGGCCUGGCUGGUACGGCAGCACGGCCUGACGCCUGAGCAGGCGGCACAGCACGUGAUGGAAUUCUCCCGGUCGCAGGGUGCGUCGCGGCGGGCGGAUGUGGAGCAGCUGAAGGAGUUCCUGGCCACCGCCACCGCUGCCCCCAGCAGCCUUUGAGGAGGGACAAAUUAGACCAAACAGUUGAACCAGGAUGUGAGGAGGGAGGUCCCGGCGGGCACUGGAUGUUAGGUAAACCCUGAAAACGCUAAUGAGGUUUGAGUUGUCGAUCCCCAGUACAGGAGGUCCUCGUUGGCAGGCAUGGGGCCUAUGGGGGUCAAAACGUCGAUGCCCAUUGGGAAUAGCAGCAGUGGGAGCAGCAGGAUGCAGCGAGAGUUGAAGACUGGAGCUUGGAAAGGGAGGAACAGGGUGUGUUGGGAGGCCUCUGUUGGGUGAACUACAUGUAAAUCUGGUACGGUUAGGUUAGACGCUUUUGGGGGGGG